ACAGCGAUGCCUCCUCCCAACCCUAAGGACUACCACGAAGUGCUCCAGAUCAGGCCGGACGCCUCCCUCGACGAGAUAAGGGUCGCCUACAAGAAGAUGGCUCUGAAGUGGCAUCCGGACCGGCACGCUACCGAUAAAGAGUCGGCAAAUGAAAAAUUCGUGGAGGUACGAUCUCAGUUCAGGUUGAAGGUCGAGUAUCGGCUAUAG